GCCGGCGACGAUUCUCUACUGAAUAUACCAGUAAAUCAUCUCUUCUUAAAUCUCUCCGGCAAUGGCAAUUCCGUUGCCUCUCACCUCUUGCUCGCCAAUCUCAACUUCUUCGUCUAUUUCUCGAACCUCCUUCGUCUCUCUCACACCUCGCAAUCGUACUUUCUUCUCCAACCAGAAUUGUAGGCGUGUACUUAUCAGCUGCUCUUCUUCUUUGUCCUCCGACAAUGGUUCAUCUCCAGAUUCCAUGAACGGAAACGGGAACGGGAGUAGCUUAAACGGGCAGUCAUCUUUUCCACGGAUGCCUUCCUUUGAUGGAACAUCCAAACCACCGCUUAAAUGGAGAAGGGUUUUACUCAAAGUCAGUGGAGAAGCUCUUGCUGGAGACGAGGAACAAAAUAUUGAUCCAAAGGUUACUAUGGCGAUUGCAAGGGAAGUUGCAGCAGUGACUCGACUUGGCAUUGAGGUUGCUAUUGUUGUUGGAGGAGGAAAUAUCUUUCGUGGAUCUACCUGGGCUGGGUGCAGUGGCCUUGAUCGCUCCUCUGCUGAUUAUAUCGGGAUGCUGGCAACUGUGAUGAAUGCAAUAUUUCUUCAGGCGACAAUGGAGAGUAUCGGCAUCCCAACCCGUGUUCAAACCGCUUUCCGCAUGUCGGAAGUAGCAGAGCCUUACAUAAGAAGACGAGCAAUUAGACAUCUAGAAAAAGGAAGGGUUGUUAUAUUUGCAGCUGGAACAGGCAAUCCAUUUUUCACCACCGAUACUGCAGCAGCUCUUCGAUGUGCUGAAAUUAAUGCAGAAGUAGUGCUGAAAGCAACAAAUGUUGAUGGAGUGUUUGAUGAUGAUCCUAAAAGAAACCCUAACGCUCGUCUUCUCGACUCACUAACUUACCAAGAAGUAACCUCAAAGGACCUCUCUGUAAUGGAUAUGACUGCUAUCACUUUGUGUCAAGAAAAUAACAUCCCAGUUGUGGUAUUCAAUCUAUCGGAACCUGGAAACAUCGCAAAAGCAAUCAAAGGAGAGAGAGUCGGUACAUUGAUAGGAGGAACUUGGAACUCUAUUGUUACAACUACUACAUGAAGCAUCUUCUCAAAACACAAACUUAUUAGAGUAUCUUAGGUCAGGAGAAUCUUGUAACUCCUGUAUAUAUAGUUUGCAGACAAGUUUUACUUUCUA